CCAGCCCCUCGCCCGCCAGCACCGCCCCCGCUGCGGCGGGCGAGGGGCGGGGGCAGGGCGCGAUGUAUAUAAGGCGAGGGGCGGGCGCCGCUCUUUUGUCUCUUGCUGCAGCUCGGGGAGGAGUAUCAGGCCCUCGGGCUCGGAGCGGAACUCCUGGGAUUGUUUUAAGAAAAUGGCAGACAAGCCGGACAUGGGGGAAAUUGCCAGCUUCGAUAAGGCCAAGCUGAAGAAAACGGAGACGCAGGAGAAGAACACCCUGCCUACCAAAGAGACCAUUGAGCAGGAGAAGCGGAGUGAAAUUUCCUAAGAACCUGGAGGAUUCUCCACCCCCAUCAUCUUCGAGACCCAGUCGUGAUGUGGAGAAAGAACCACCUGCAAGAUGGACAAGAGCGACAAGCUGCACUGUGAACCCAGGCACUCCGUGCCCAUGCCACCGGCCUGUGGGUCUCUGAGGGGACCCCCCCCCAAUCGGACUGCCAAAUUCUCCGGUUUGCCUCGGGAUACUAUAGAAAAUUAUUUGUAUGAUUAAUGAAAAUAAAACACACCUCGUGGCAUGGC